CGUCACAGAGGAAACUCCCACAGAGUUCUCGCCAGUGUUCGUGAGGAACCGGCUGACAAGAAGGAAGCAGCAGCAGCGGUGGUGGCAGACGGACAAAGGAAAUCUUGAACGUCUUCAGAGAUUUGUACUGGACGCAGAAGAAGUCUGGCGAUGAAGGGCCUACUGUAUCACAUGUGAGAGAGGGAGAUAAGACGCAGGCGGAGGUGGUGGUGACUUCCCACAACAAGCAGAUUGUCAAAGCGGAAACUUCUGGAUGAUGUGAACACACACAGUAAAGUUUCUAGAGAAGGACUCAGAAAAGAAGGGGCUCCUAUAUAGCCCUGUUUGUCCCCCAGGUAUGAUGCCUCUCUUGUGGCUUGUGUUCUGGUCAACGCUCCCUCCUCUGGUUCUCCUCUGUGGUUCAGAUUGUUGUCUUGUCCAUGAGAGCAGCAGCUCACACAACGCGUCUUCAUUGCUGAAAUCCUUACAGUGCCACAACGACUACAAGUCCUACGUCCACUGCGAGUGGAGGGAACAUGGAAACACAUCGCUGCAGCUCUGGUUCAAGACAAGAAACAACAGGAAGCAGUGUGUGCCUUAUGGUGCUGAAGUACAAGAUGCUAGUGAGCACAGGACCGUCCAGUGUAGAUAUGAAGCACAGGCAUUUUCCAUUGGCAUCGAACACACGGUCUUCUUCCUCGAGAACAAGACACUGACCCUCUGCUCGUCCGUCCCACACAAGCCUCUGGAUCUUUCUCAGCACCUGAAAGCACGCCCACCAGAGAAUCUGUCCACACAAGGCGCAGGUGAUGGAGGCAGACGGCUCAGAUGGUCCAGCCCUUACUCCUCCUCCUCCUCCCUGAACAAACACAUCACGUAUCAGCUCAGCUACAGGACACACACACAGGACACCUGGACGACUUGGAAGGUCACAAACACCAGUGUGAUACUAGAGAAGCGAUUGUUGCUUCCGGGUCGCAGGUAUGAAGCCAGGGUGAGGGCCCGGGCCAGCGUGGGUCAGUGGAGCGACUGGAGUCCUGUGGUGACCUGGCACACUGAAAAAGACACUGGGCAGUUUCCCAGUUUGCAUUGUGUGCUGGAUGGAGAGAAAGAGGUGAUGUGUAGCUGGGAGGUGAGCAGAGAGGUGGCUCACUUCAUUACCUACCAGCUGGCAUGUCGACGCAACCACACUGCGCCGUCUGAGAGAUGCUGUGUGAACCCGACAAUCAGGUCUGACCUCAGCAGGGCCGUGCUGAGGUACAGCUGCUCGCUCACUGUCACAGAUCCGGCUGCACAUCUGCUCGUGGAGCUCCUAAGAGCACGCAACGUCAAGAGCUUUAAGGUCGACCAACACAUUCGUCCCAACCCACCGUGGCAGGUAAAGGUGAGGCAGAAAGACAGCAACUGGAUGGUGGAGUGGACUUCUCCGAGCACAGCUUCAAAACUCAGACUGUAUUAUCAGGUCUGCUAUUACAGGACGCAGGAUCAGGCAUCUUCUGUCCUGAUGAACAUUUCAGAGGGGUCCAUGUCCCUGAGCAUCCUGGGAGCCUCUCUGGCCCCGUCCCAGCGCUACCAGGUCAAGGUCAGGUCGCUGGUGGUCCCUGACAACUACAGGGGAAUCCCCUCUGAGUGGACCGAUCCUGUGGACUGGACCACACAUGAGGCCACCUGGUCCCUAACCACCCUGAUCUAUUUCACCAUCAGUGUGUUUGUGGCCGCAGUCUUCCUCACACUCUACUGCACCGUCCCAGCUUGUCAAAGGAGGGCAGUUCUGUGGGUGGACUCGGUUCCUUCUCCAGGCAAAAGCAAAAUCCUGUCUGAGAUCAAGUCUUCCACCGGCUGGACCCUCAUGCAGAGUGAGAGCACAACCAUCUGCAAAGUGCUGCGUUUGGACAGCGUGUCAACAUGCUCCUCAGACGCUUUGCUAUGGCCAACCAAGGACACUGAAAAAAAGCGUCUGGAUCAUCUGGAGCAGGACGAGGGCUGCUGGAAGUGUGAUAACCUGCCCUCCCCUGCUGAGAAGGUUAAUGACUCUGACACAUCCUCCAUGAGCUUCAGCGGGCCGUACAUCUUCUGUCAGUCAUCAGAGUCAAAGUCAGCGGAUGUCAACUGUGAAAAGAAAGAGAGAGAACAAGAAACCCCAUCAGGCGACUCUGCGUCUCCUUCCCCGGUGAAUUUCGCCCUGUUCGGGGAAGGUUACGUGUGUCUGCCCAGCCGCAACAUCUCCAGGUCCACACAGGAUCUGGUAUCUCACAGCGACGCCAACACAAACACACACAGGCACGACAGCGCCGAGCCGGACCAACAGUGUCCAGAUAAGAUGGACAUGCAGCAGCCAGGCCUCAGCGAGCCAACCAGCAGCCCCCAACCUCCGGCCUACACCUCAGGACCUUUCACUUCCUGGCCUCAAGGGGGCACCACAGAGGCCUCGGGGUACUGCCACCUCCCUGCAGCUUUCAUGACAACAGCAAACAAACUGUAGGAGGACCUAUAAGGCUUUCUCUGCAAUUAUAACAAUUAAUCAAUCAGUGAUUUAUUGGGUUUUUUAUAAGCUUUACACUUUAUUUUAAGCUAGGUACGCUUCAAUGUGAAAAAAUGUGUAUUAAUAAAUGUUUUUUUUACACAUUAGAAAGGAACCAUUUUGCUUGGAUCUAUGUCUUAUCUGACCUCUAACAUCAGGUUGGAUGUCUGACCAAUAGAUGGCAGUGGUGAGCUUAGCCUGUGGUGCAAUGCAAGUAAGCCUAAGGGAUGGACUUUUACUAUGGCAAACAAACUAUUUCUGUCUUUUUUUGGAAACUUCCUCACACAUUCCAGGUUAGAAUGAAAUAACAUGAGCGCCUUGCAAUCUAAAAUAAUACAAUACAACAAGCCUUGCUUCAGAUUGUUGCAUUUUAUGGUCAGAGAGUUUCUCAGUUUCUCCAGAAAACAAAGAUCAUUUACUUCCUUGUGUGUGUAUUUUCCCCAAGCAAGCAUGUUAUGGUGUUACUCACAGAAUGGUACAUGUCUAACCACAGAUUCUUAAGAACCGUGUUGAAAUGUUGUCAUUUUUUUAUUACUUCCUUAAAUGCCCUGUCCCUCUCACGUACAGCUGAGGUAAGAAGCAGAAUUAUGCCAACUGCAUUUCAUGGGAAAAGUGUGUAAGUUUAACUGCCAUGUUCACUGCGGUCAUGUAUGCAUGUUUGCACAAUGGUGUGAGUUAGGACCUUGUUGUCAAUGUUGAAGCCUACGUGUUGCUGAAUGUGUGAUAUACAGUAUGUUAUCUAUACGCCGAUGUGCCGAUACUGCCAUGUUGUGUGGCACCAGCGAUGUCACUGUGUGCAAGUUUUUAGUUAACAAACUGCCAUUUUUUCAGGUGUUACUUACAGUAUAGGCUUAAUUUGAGGUCAGUAAUUGAUGAAAGAUGAGUAAUCUGAGUUUGAAAUGUUUGCUAUACACUUUUGUAUUGUGAUAAUUUAAACUUGUAAAAUGUGUGUCUGUGUUUUAAAAAUGGAUUACACAUGUCUUCUCACCACAAACACAUAGACCCAGACUUAAAACUACACUCAGUUGCCAGUUUAUUAGGUACACACAGCAAAAACAAACAGUUUGAUACAACUGUCCUGCAAUAAAUCAUGCCUUCAUGAAGGUGUUGAAUUGUA